AAUCCCACUCGUCUCCACCACUGUGCCAUUUGUAUUUGCGGCCAGAAGGGAGAAGAAGAUGGCGGGUGUGGGGGAUCGAGGCAGCAGCUCCCCUUCGCCUGUCCACUCCCCCGAUCGCCACGAGGAGCCAUCAGACCGCGACGCCCUGGUGAAGGAGCUCCUCAACAUCCAGCACAUCAUCCUCCUCACCAAGAAGUACAUAGAUGACCUCAACUCACGGUUCGCCGGCUUCCAGCAUCCGCCGUCUCUCUAUCUCACGGAGUACACGGAGCUGACGGGCAAACUCCACCGCUUUGAGGCCAAGGAGCAGGAGAUUCUGGAGCACCUGACCCUGAGCGCGCCUGCCCAGACCAACGGCUGCCAUGAUGACCAGCCCGAAGCCCAGCCCCAACCUGCCGAGGACACCGACUCCACCUUCCACGCACACUCACAGAGCACAAGCAGCAAUGGCAUGUACGAGGAGGUCACGCGGUCGACCCCACAGUCGCCGCUGCGGUCGGUGGUCCGCGCGCAUCUCCCCAACAAGCAGCGCACCACCGUCCCUGUACAGCCUGGCCGGACCCUCAAGGACGCCCUCGCCAAGGCUCUCAACUUUCGCAAGCUCUCCCCAGAUGUUUGCAUUGUGUACAGGAAAACGAACCCCAGGGUGAGGAUGUCGUGGGACUCGGACAUCGCCUUGCUGGAGGGGGAGGAGAUAGUGGUGGAGGUGCUUGAGAAGUUCCCCGUCACCACCUCCAUAUCGCAUAACUUUAUUAGGAGAACGUUCUUUUCCUUGGCCUUCUGUGAUAACUGCCGGAGACUGCUGUUCCAUGGCUUCGUGUGCCGCACCUGUGGCUACCGCUUCCACCAGCGCUGCUCCGUGGGUGUGCCGACGCUGUGCCAGCAGGACCAGCGCAUCACCAACAACAUAUACCAGCACCUGCUCGCCUCCCACGCAGACAACCAGGCGGGAAUCCUCACCUCCACUGGGUACGGGGUGUCCGCCAGUGGCCACCCCAACCUCAUGAGCCCCUACGGCAGCGCCUACAGUGGGCACUACAUUGAGGGCUACCGAGGUCAGUACCCGGGCCACUACACUGCUGGGGGAGGGGGAGGGCAGGUCCCCCCCACCCUGGUUAGGCCUGCCCCCGCCCCUCUGGCUCCCCGUGACCGCUCUUCCUCCGCCCCAAACGUCUGCACCCACCUGGUCAACCCCAACAUCCCCUCGGACGCCGCCUCCCUCGCUGAGUUUGCUCACAGGAUGGGCAGGAACUAUAACCCCACCAGUCCAGAUGUCCACUUCUUCGGGGCCUCCACCUUCUACAUGCAUGAUGGAGCGCGGAUGGCCUGGAGCCCCCUCGCCCACUCCGCCAACCUUGCCAUACACUCCACAGGAUACCCUGGCGCGGGGGUACUGGCCCCGCCCCCACCCACCAGCCCCACCAGCAGCCCCACCCGCCCCGUGCAGGGCUCACACUCGGCGCAGGCCUCCCCCACCAACACCCUGAAGACGGUGCGGCCCAGGGCACGCUCCGCCGACGAGUCUGUCUCAGGCAAGAAGGUCCGACAGUCCUCCAAAGACACGGUGGAGGACUGGGAGAUCCCUGUGGACGAAAUCCUGAUCGGGGCGCGCAUCGGGUCAGGCUCCUUCGGGACGGUGUAUCGGGGUCACUGGCACGGCCCCGUCGCGGUCAAGACCCUCAAUGUGCGUGACCCGACGCCGGCCCAGUACUCCGCCUUCAAGAACGAAGUCUCAGUACUAAAGAAGACUAGGCAUGUAAAUAUUCUGCUGUUCAUGGGCUGCGUCAAGACCCAGCAGCUGGCCAUUGUGACGCAGUGGUGUGAGGGCUCCAGCCUCUACAAACACCUCCACGUGCAGGAGACCAAGUUUGAACUCAUGCGAAUCAUUGACAUCGCCCGGCAGACCUCACAGGGCAUGGACUACCUCCAUGCCAAGAACAUCAUCCACCGGGACCUGAAGUCAAACAAUAUAUUCCUUCACGACGACUACACCGUCAAGAUCGGGGACUUUGGGCUGGCCACGGUCAAGGGCGGGCGGUGGAUACAGGAGAGUCAAGGCGGGCGGCAGAUCCAGCAGCCCUCCGGAUCAAUACUCUGGAUGGCCCCCGAGGUGAUCCGCAUGCAGGACGAGAACCCCUACACCUCCCAGAGUGAUGUGUACGCGUUCGGCAUUGUUCUGUACGAGCUGUUCUCCGGCUGCCUCCCAUACUCCCACAUCAACAACAAGGACCAGAUCCUGUUCAUGGUGGGCCGGGGUUACCUGCGUCCUGACAUCACGUACCUGCGCUCCGACAUGCCCAAGCCCAUCCGCCGCCUCUAUGAAGACUGCAUCAAGUACAACAGAGACGACCGGCCGCUCUUCCCUCAGAUCUUGGCCAACAUAGAGUCCUUGGUGCGGUCCCUUCCCAAGAUCCACCGGUCCGCCAGCGAGCCCACCCUCACCCGCACCCACCUCAACACAGAUGACAUGAUGUACCUCUGCGCCUCACCCAAGACACCCAUCAACUCGGGAGCUUUCCUCUUCUCCACCGCCGGCAACAUUUAGGCAGGAGGAGCAGCAGCAGGAGGAGGAGGAGAGAGAUGGAAAGUGCAAGAGAGAGAGAGAGAGAGAUUGAGUCAGGAACCGUCAGACUUACCUUACCUAACCUUACCUUACCUACCUUUCCUUUUCUCUGUCAAACUUACCUAACCUAACCUUACCUUACCUUACCUUUUCUGUCAAAUUUAACCUUAAUGUACCUUACCUUUUGUCUCUUCCUUCUCCUUCUCUUUCUCCUUUUCUUCUUUCUACCUCCUCCUCCUCCUCCUCCUUUUACCCUCUUACUCCUUGCAUUUGUCUCUUCCUUCUCCUCCUCCAUCUCCUCUUUUUUUCUCCUCUUCCUUUAGCUCCAUCCACAAGACUAUUCCAUUUCGAGCAUCUGUCUCAUGAAUCCCCAUCCGUUCACCUACCCUCCUCUCCUUCCCCUCCUCCUCGCCACCCCCAUCCCAUGCCAUCCCAAUACUGAAUACGCUGGAGCCAGACGACCCAUCCCAUCCCAUCCUCACCUAUCCCCAUCUCCUCCUCUCCUCCUCGUCCCCCUCGGUCCUCCUCCAGUCCCAUUCUUUUCCUCAUUGACAGGUUCAUUUCUGUUGUUUUUACUCGUCCUUGCCCCAUGUGACCUCCCGCUGACCCCCGACCCCAGUCACUCGAGCCGCCAGUCAGCCGGCCCGACCCUCAGUCCAUCUCGACACUCGCCGCCAUCACGAACGCUUGCAUCCUGGUCCUGAGCCGAGAUUGGCGACGUAUAAUUUGGUUCCGAGACGAAGAUGAUCCUGUCGUAAGCUCAUCUGAUCCUUUGUUGUUUGGGUUUCUGGUGUUUUUAUUUCACACGUUUCUGAUCUCAGGCAAGUUGUGUCCGAACCUAUUCCUCCGUCUUGAGGGAUUCUGUUCUUCCGUUCACUUGUUGUAGUAUGGUGGCGCCCUUCCUCCCUCUCUCCCUCCCUCACUCCCUUCCUCUCUCCUUCGCUGUUUGUUAUCCUAUUUUAUUACUGCAUUUCCCUCCUCCCUUCUUCCUUUUCUCCCCUCCCUUGCUGUUGUGUUAUUUUGUUCAUUCUGUGUGACACUACAUUGCCUCUCCCUCCCUCCCUCCCUCCCUUCUUCCUUGUCCACUCUGCUGCAGGACUGUGAGGAGAGGUUUUGCAUCCCACGUCAAGCUUCUGUCUUAUUUGCUCAAGGGGUUCGGUGUGUGUGUGUGUGUGUGUUUGUGAGGUUCUGGUGCAGGUCUGUUUUUAUUAUUAUUAUUUAUUGUAUGUAUUUAUUAUCAUUAUUUAUUUUAUUUUUUUCACUAUUAUUGCCUUUUUAAUUUUGUCUGGCUGUUGUUGCUGCUCUUUUUUGUAUGUGCGUGUGUGUGUGCGCGUGUGUAUGCAGGAACGUAUGUGUGUGUGUGUGUGUGCGUGUUGCAGAUUCAUGUCGCCAUCACCACAUUCUGACUCUGUCUUUGUACUUCGUCCCAUUUUGUAAAUACAUUUUUAUUUUUGUUAUAAGGCAUUAAAGAUUUGAGCCCUUUUAAGCGAGCACAUUUUAUGGCAAUUCUAAUUUCUCCGUCUUCGUUUUGAGCGACAAAGACUCCCUCGGCCCGAGACCCUUGGGGGGGCGGGAGGCCCGGCCCAGCGCGGCGGUGUUUUGUUUGGGCCACGCAGCACAAAUAGGUUGUAAGGUACACUAAGCAUUUAGCAGCCCAUCAUCCCUCCUCCUACUGCAACAUUCCAUUUAAGAAUGAUUUGACACUUAUUGUCAGUGAUCUCUUGUGCUGUUGUUAUGGCUUUAAUAUCUAUUUUUUAUCUAUUUAAACAACCUUUUCACUGUUCACUGCAGCAGAAUUUUCUUUGACGAGCGUUUCUUUUGCAUCAUCGUGUCCGUGCGUGACGUGCCGCGCGUCACCACAAGCCGCUCCCUCCGCGAGAACCCCCGGCACCUUGGGCAGACUUGUCCCCUCCGCCGGGCGACCUGUGCCCUGUCCUCCGUCACUCUCCAAAACACCGACCCCUCGAGCGGCCGAGGCAGCGCCGCCAAGGCUCAGGACCCGAGGCGCCCAGCAGGCCGUGUGGUGGCAGGGCAGAGCGGCAGGGGUGCAGCGGGAGGCCGCGGGGCCCUUCCCCCCUGCUCCGGACCCCUCAGUCCGUGUACAGACUUCACAUUCAGUGAUACUGUAGUGCAGUCAUCCCAUGUUCCAUUACCACAUUGUUUUAUCAUCAUCAAAAUGUUACUCUGUAUCAGCUUUAAUCAUUUUAAAAUAAAAGACGAGCUUCCU